UGGGCCCCGGAAACACUUGCGGGUGUUGUGAGAAAGCCCCCCCUCGAUGCCGGCUCUGUCAUGGAAAGGGUUUAUGUCUUCAGAUCCGCCGGUUCAGUGUCGGCUGACUCCCCUCCCCUCCGGCCGGUCCUCCCCGGGGCGACGGGCCUACUGCAGGGCAGUUUUAUUCUGUAUAAGCGAGUCUGAGGCCCAAGCAAACAUCAUGGUUAAAACAACUGGGAACUGCGAUCCGCUCACCCUUCGGGGUUCAUCUUGAACGCAAAAGGGAAAAGGAAAAACCUGAAAAAAAGAAAGGAAGAAGCUGAUUGCCUUUGAGCACAAUAUUGAGCCGGAGGCUGUUGCUUGGACCUGAGCCCUGGACCAGGCAGCUUGCCCACCGGCUCUGUCCUCCCCGGCUCCCUCCUCGGAGUAACUUGAACUCUGACGCCCUUUGUGGGCACGGCGUGACGUCAGAUAGGAGUCUGACGUCAGGAGUCUGACGACAGAUAGGAGUGUGACGACAGCACACUGGCUGGGGCAAACAUGAACGUUGGCGUGGCCCACAGCGAGGUGAACCCCAACACCCGGGUCAUGAACAGCCGGGGGAUAUGGCUGACGUACGCCCUGGGCGUGGGCUUGCUUCACAUCGUCUUGCUCAGCAUCCCCUUCUUCAGCGUUCCCGUGGCCUGGACCUUGACAAAUGUUAUACACAACCUGGGGAUGUAUGUAUUUUUGCAUGCUGUAAAAGGAACACCUUUUGAAACUCCUGACCAGGGUAGAGCAAGGCUCCUCACUCACUGGGAACAACUGGACUAUGGAGUACAGUUUACAUCUUCACGGAAGUUUUUCACAAUUUCUCCAAUAAUUCUAUAUUUUCUGGCAAGUUUCUAUACCAAGUAUGACCCAACUCACUUCAUGCUGAACACAGCUUCUCUCCUGAGUGUGCUGAUUCCCAAAGUGCCACAGCUACAUGGUGUUCGGAUUUUUGGAAUUAACAAGUAUUGAAAAGCGUUUACAGCUGCUGAGUCGCCUGUAAGGAAGGAGUGGGCAGUAAACUGCACUGCUCCCAUGAUAGUGUGAAAUGAGAGGUAUUUACGUUGGAGAGCCUAGUGCUGGUUCUUCAUAUGCUGUUUGAAGUGCAGAUUCUUACUGGAGGUUGCCUGUGCUUAAUGCAUCUGGUACCUUUCUUAAGAGAGGCUUUAGAGGGAGGCUGGGCAGGCCCAGCUUGUAAGUUAAAUGGCUAUAAAAUGAGGGUGUAGUAGAUACUAAGACCAGCUUAGUUUAUAAUGAAUGGGCAUUACGUUAGGAGAAGAAACUUUCCAAUCAUUCCACUAUGG